AUGACCACCCUGGAAACUGCCAGCGACACCGCGUCUCCUCCGCGUGCGCCCGUCGUCCGCCGCAGCGCGCUGGGCUGCACCAAGGUACGCGACAGCUGCCAGUCCUGUGCCACUUCCAAGAUCAAAUGUCCGAAAGAAAAGCCCUCCUGCUCCAAAUGCCAGGCCAGAGGCAUCGAAUGCCAGUACUUCUUUGCGAGGCGCCCGGGUCGUCGACGCGAGAACAGCACCGGGCACCCGACCAGCUGCACCAGCACCACCACCACCACCAACUCAUCUUCAUCAUCCUCCAGAAGUAGCAACUCGUCAUCAUCCUCCUCCACAUCACCCCCGUCCUCCUCCUCCUCCUUGUCAUCGAAUCCAGAGCCCACUUCAGACAAAGAUCCCCCCCGUCCUCGAUCUGGUGACGGCGCGGCUACGAGUGGCACAGAACCCUCCAUCCUCCCCCCGGCCAACAAAAACAGCGUACUCGACAUCGCUUCAACCGAUAAUGUUCUCGGACCCUAUUCAUCAGACCUCUUUUCCGUACUGGAGGACCCGAGUGUCUUUGCGCCAUUGCCUGAUUUUGACUCCAAUAUGACCGACGUGGACUUUAGCACGAUGGACUACUUUGAACACCCCGUCAUGGACGGCGAUAACUUCACGCGGGCACUGAGCGAUAUUGGAUCGCUUCUCAUACCAGAGACAAUCAGCUUUGACCUGGGCGCGUUGGAGAGCGACCCUCUGAGUGCAUCUGCCGUACCUUCGCUUUCCUCCAGUGUUCCCACCCCGUCAACCGCGCACUCUGUAACUAUGAUGCGCGGUCCUUCAGCCAGCAUCUCCUGUCGCUGUGUAUCCCAGGCCCUCGAUCUGUUAAAGGCGCUCUCGGCCAAGUCAGCCCCCGUCUCCCCGUUUUCUGGCCCGGGCGCAGCAAGCAUGACGACGAUGAGCUCGGUGCAGGCUCUAAUGGGAGAGAACCAACAAUACAUUGAUACCGUAAGCAAUAUGCUUUCGUGCUCCUCAUGCACCGAGGACACGUUUCUGCUUGCCAUUGUGUCUAUGAUCGUGCUCAAGAUCCUCGAGCGAUACGCCUCUGCUGCGCGAGCCCAGGUCGGCGGGGGCGAGUCUGAUACGGGACAGAGGCCCGCUACCAGCAUGAUACCAAAUGGCAAGGACCAGAUGAGGCCGCUGGGUCGUAUAUACAGUACCGGUGAUCGCGGCCCUGCUAGGUCCGUUCUGAGCGAACUGCACCGAGUGCAGAAGUUAGUGAACCUGCUGUCUCCCAAGCUCAAAAAGAGCCAGGAAGCCGAUACUCGAGCCUUCGCGCACGUAGCUUGGGGCCGUCACACGGUAUCAAAUGAAAACGACAAAGCCAUUUCCACCCUGCUUUCUCCUGAUACGCUGGCUCAGAUGGAGGGCGACAUGAGGAAGAGCCUCAGUUCGUUGUCGGCGAAUAUCAUCAACAGAUUGAGACAAGAUUAA